GGCUUUGUUUGUCAGGACUACUGGACAUUAGUGGUAUUUGUUCCCUGCCUGUGAAACCUCUCCUUCAUGACAUCUUUGUCUGCGCUUGGGGCUACCCGAUGCUACACGAGGAAGUGGGUUCUGAAGACGGCAGCGAAGAAGACGCAUCAGUUCGGAAACAGCGUCUGGGAGGAGCCGGAUGUGAUGCACAUCCUUUUCAAAGGCGAGGAUCCUCGACUACUGACUCACCCGGUGUACAAGGGAGCUGUUGCUGAACACGACGCCGCCGCUCUCCGUAGGAAACAAAAAGUGACACCCACGGAUGUGGAGGAGAAGUCUUUCAAGUCCUUGACUUUCGCGGACAUCGGGAACCUCACCCAGUGGGGGGCUCUGUACAAGGACGGUGAGCGGAAUCCGAAUCAGUUAUGCAAUCAGCUUCUUUUCUUCUGUGGUGUGGCGGAUGCCGUGCAGUUCUUGGGCAAGCCGCACGCGCAGGUGGUGUGGAGUCUGCUUCAACAGGGAAGGCAUGUCUUGGCCGUGGAUGGGGAUACAACGCAGCUCGAAUACACCGUGCAGUAUGUCACCCAUGAAGUGUCAUCCAAGGCUUACCCAUGCGAUUUCCACCAUGUCGUGGUCGAGCCCGUUUAUGACCCGAACAAGGACAUGUUCUUCAAGUUGACUCCGAAGAAAAGGCGCCAGGUCUACUCCUUCCUUUACGGCGAACAACCAAGGUUGAGAUUUGACCCGCAGUACGUGGUGCGGAAGGAAGUCGUCAUUGUGGUCCUCCAGGGCUACCACGGAGCGAGUCGGGCCGGCGCUGUGAGCUUCAUUAAGAGGCUGGAAUAUGUGUUUUUUAACCAGAAUGUUGUCGAUCCGUCCGACUUCACUUUGGAUAACUACAAGCUGGCAUUCGGUGACGAGGACAACUUCAAUAUCGAGACUGAGCAGGAGGAGAGCGUUGAGGACGACCUCUUCGAUUUGGACGGGCAAUUGGCCAUCUUCAACGCCCAAGUUUCUGAGUCGCCGUCAGUAUGCAAAYCGGGGACACCUCUCGCUACACCCACCUCGGGCGGCCCCACGCCCGUGUCCUCCUCAGCGCCUGUCAAGAGGGGUGGGUUGUCCCGUCUGAGGAGUUCGCCGGGGGAGCCUAUUCGUCUCACACCGCAGCCCGAACGUCUUCGACCCGGCCAUCCAGUUCCUCCGGACCAUCCGCAUCUCAAGGCUCCUGCGACUCCCUUCCACAUGGGCGACAAACACACCUUCUCCACAACCGAAGAUUGGGGCCAUGAUAUCGUGUGGCACCCAGACCAUUUCCAGCCAGUCCUUCUCGACGGCGAAUGGGCAGUGGCUGUGAGGGACGUAAGUGGAGCGUGGAUAUAUGACGAUUGUUGGGACCUCGAGACAUUCAAAUCUCGCGCCUACGAUGCGGUUUUGGAGAGAUUAAGUGAGGUCAAUCGACGAAGUAAGGACAGCCCUGCUCUGCGCGAAUACGGGGACACGCUGUUCGAUUUAUUGCAGUCAAAUAAAUGGUUGGAAAUGUCCUCCGCGUUCUACGCUCUUCCGUCAAGCCCGUCAAUUAAGCAAGUGAGUUGGGAGUUGCCUGCGAGCACCCCACCGGCAGGAGUUGCAAGGCUCGUGGAAAGGACGGCGAAGGGGAUGGUGAAGGUGGCGGGCAAUGAGGUACCGGAGGUGGAAGUGAACGGCGUUCAACGAAACAGCGGAGACGGGCAGGGGUCCGAUGUCGACAGCGACGAGGACCGUGGGGUUCUGGCGGUGACAGGCAACACCUCAAUGGAGACGGGGAAUGACUUCAGGCCUGGGUGGAUUACACGGCCUGGCGAGCAGGACCCUGUGAUUAGCUCCACCAGCGCAACACAGUAUACCGAUGCUAUUGGCGGGGCAGUUGUAGCAAAGAAUGGAACUUGCUUCGCUCAGCUCCAAAAACGGCUGGCCAAUUGUCUCGGACCUAUCCGAACCUCGGAGACGGAAUCGUCGCCCGGAACUCAAUGCCUUCCGGGAAGCGAGACGACAACAUACCACGGAUCCGGCAGCGACAAGCUCCAACCAUGUUCGGUUUCGCCUCAAAAGGAAGUUCGGAUUAAUCCGAACCCAGAAGCCAGUACCGUUGAGAGAGCACAACGGUCUGCGGAACUCGAACGGGUGGUCCAGGUUUCCAAAAACCCUAGCGGCGAAAUUCGGAUUCAUCCGAACCAGGAGGACGUGUCCGCCAUGACAGACGACCGGUGUCAGGACACCGUCAUGCUGUGCAUGGAAGUCCACAAUGAGCUGCAGGCAGACUGUCCGACUGAGGGUGAGUUAGAGACCAGUUUCAAUGUCGAGCCCCGCACACUCAGAGCCGAAUGCCUGGUGAUGGUACCGGCUGACUUAGCAGUCUUAAGCGACUCUCCGGUGAAAGCGGACACGUCAUCGCUGUUGGAAACUGCGGUGGCUUGGAUGAAUCCGAACCAGGGCCCUGUGAGCAUAUCCCUCCCUGGUGCAGCUUUGGAGACGAUCGUAAUUCGGAUUCAUCCGAGACACACGGACGAAGGACUUGACGGUUGUCGACUUCUGACGACUUUGGACAAGGACGAUUCCGCCGACGACCGGAUUGAUCCGACACUCGGCGACGUCAGAAUGGAGCAACCAGUUCAACCGGCAUACGACGACCCCUUGUACUCCGGCCUUCAUGACGAGGCGAUGGGAGAGGACAUUCUGAAGAAGUCCUCUGAUGCUGUUGGAGAUAGAUUUCUCUAUUUGAGUGACAAUGAUAAAGACACAGCGCACAAGGACAAGAAGUUAAGGGGGGGAGAGGUGUUGUUGGACAUCAAUGGGACCUUGAGCACAACACAAUGCGACACAGUGGCGACGAAGGAAACCCAACAUGUCGAUGUUGUGGACGUCGAUGCUCUUUGUCCGGAGACGAACAGACUAAAAUUGCCUGUCGCGGACGUGGAGGAUUUCCGCCAUCGGGAUGGGGAUGAAUUCAUGCCGUCGCCGGUCAUCGACGCCGGCAUCUCGAACCUGUCAAGUUUCCCUGUGAGUUUGGAGCACGUCGUCGCCGCGUCGAUGCGCACGGUGGCGCCAAUCAUACUGGGACUGCCAUCGGUGGGCUCUGGUGACGUUGAAGCUAAGCCUGGUGAGCAUUGUCUUCCUUUGCUUGCUUCCCGCUCGUCAGCCCGUUCGUGAAGUGUUGUUUUCUUCGUCGAUUUCGGGGAGGCGUGUACGCGGCCGCCAACUG